UGUCAUGGUUCUCAAAUGCAAUGUCACUCAAGGCGGAUGUUAGCGGAUCUCACAGGUGUAUUACCAAUUUAGCCAGAGUUCGAGAAGAAACACCUGGAAUCAUCAUGUGAUCCUGUACCUGGGCGUGGAGAAAGUCCCUGUUAUUUUCUGGACUCUUGUUGAGUGUCGUCUUUCCGUAGGAAUUGUCAACCAGUGCGAGCCCACUGUAUUUUCUAAGGAACAGUGCCUUUCUGUAACCCUUUCCGCGCGAAUUCAGGAAGAGUAAAAUGUGAACUUUACAUGCAUUUUGCUUGGGGGUUAUUUUUAUUUUUUAGGGGGACUUUGAAACUCAACGGCUUGUGUUUAUGCAACUAUACUGUUCUUCCAAGCACUUCUUUACUGUGGCCACCCUGGAGAGGCCUGAAUAAACAGGAGAGCAGACGACGAAGGGAUAUGAUUGUGGACUUCCUGCUUGGCAACUACAGGAAGUAAUUGAGCUCUACAGGAAAGAUGACAAGCUGGGUCCAGGCCGCUCUUCUUCUCCUCUGUCUCCUCCUGUUAUGCCUGUCUGCAGCCGGGAACCAGCUGCAGGAGGAGGCGCUCCUGGACUUCUCCUCCAUAACGCCCAUCAACAACGUGGUUCAGGACCCCCGCAGCGGGCGCGUCUACCUGGGUGCCGUCAACACCAUCUACCAGCUGGAUGAGGCGCUGCGUGAAGAGGCCCGCACCGUGACUGGCCCCAAGGAGGAUGCCCGCACCUGCACCCCGCCUGUCUCCACUCCGUACUGCCAGGACACCAAGCCCAGCCCUAAUGUCAACAAGCUGCUGCUGGUGCACCCAUCCAAUGGCUCACUGAUCGUCUGUGGGUCCCGCUACCGGGGAAUCUGUUCCCUCCUCAACCUGAGCAACGUGGAGCAGCAACUGUACUACAGUGACUCUAAGGGGGAGAGGACUUAUGUGGCUAGCAUAGAGGACAGUGUAGCCGUGGUGGCCGUCAUGUCUACCUACAUUAAUAAAGACGGCAACACCUUUAAUGUGUUUCUGGUGGGAAAGGGCUACGGCAGCCUGGACAGCUCCAAACUCAUCAGCACGCGCAUCCUCCAGGACUACCGCGACUGGGUGGUAUUCGAGAGCAUCAUCGAGGCGUCCACCGUGCAGGCAACACCCUUCGUGCCCAAGUACCUGCAUGACUUCCGCCACGCCUUUAAGGAGGAGGGCUUUGUCUACUUCCUGUUCUCCAGGACCAUGGGAAGCACCGAUAACAAGAACUUCACCUUUGUGUCUCGACUGUGUGAGGACGACCCUCACUACUACUCUUACACAGAGCUGCAGCUCAACUGUGGCCCGGGGAACAGGUACAACAAGGUGCAGGCUGCCUAUGUGGCGUCCCCAGGUAAAGAGCUGGCCCGGGGGAUGACAGAGUCGGGUCAGUAUGGUAAGGUCCUCGCCUGGCACAAGGUGCUGUUCAUGGUGGCCAGCCCAGAUGACGACGGCGCCGAUUCGGCCCUGUGCAUGUACCCUCUAAACACCAUCAAUGAGAGGCUGGUGGACAUAAUCAGUGCCUGCUACAGCGACUCGGGCAAGAUCGCAGGCAUCCCAGCUGUGGACAUCCCCUACUCCUACAAGACAGACCAGUUCUGCACCUCCCAUAUCGACAAAGACACUCUGAACAACUAUAAGUGUGGGGCGGACUUCCUUCCCUCUCCACUGGCCAGUAAGCCAGAGUUUGCCCUGCAGGCGAAGGCGGUCAUCAUCAGGAGGGGCCUGCUGACCGCUGUGGCCAUCGCUGUGGAGAAUGACCACACUAUCGCCUUCCUGGGGAACAGCCUGGGAGAGGUGUACAAGGUUCAUCUGACUGCCAACCCAGAGGUGUACAGUCAAGUGCCAGGGGACACCACAGGGAAACGCGUCAACAAAAAACUCUUCUUUGACACUAGCCACAGCCACCUGUAUAUCACCACUGAGAAAAAGAUCACCAGGGUGCCAGUGCAGACAUGCCAUCUGAAAACAGACUGCCAGUCCUGUGUGUCGCCAUGGGACCCCUACUGUGGCUGGUGUGUUCUGGAGGGCAGGUGUACCAGGAGGUCUGAUUGCCGGCGAGCGGAGGAGAAGAACGGCUGGUUGUGGAGCCCCAAGCAGCAGUGUGUGAAGAUCGUGUCCUUCAACCCACCCAACCUCAGCUGCAAAAAGACCCAGCAGGUGGAGAUCAACGUGCCCUCCCUCCCCUCCUUCGGGCAGACAGACCGUCUGUGCUGUGUGUUCCCCUCCUCUAUGAGUGACGCCACCAUGUCCUCUGGCCAGGUCACUUGUGCCCUGCCCAACCCUGUCUCCUUACCAUCCACACCUGAACACCAGGAUUUCGUGGCGGUGCCCAUUAAGAUCUUUGUGAACGAGUCAGUGGAGCUGGCCACUAGGGAGUUCAAUUUCUACAACUGUUCAGCUACUGUGAGGAAAGCAGAGAGCACACCAUGUUUGUCGUGUGUGGCCAGCCCAUGGGGCUGCCAGUGGAAUACCCAGGACCACACCUGCCGGGACGAGGACGACACUGUGUUGGGCCCUCAAAUCAUCAAACACAGACAGGGGGCAAGAUGUCCCCAGUUCGAGAACCCUGAUCCUGUGCUCAUUCCUGUGGGGUUCAAAACCACCAUCGGCUUCGAGGGCAUCAACCUGGAUGUUUACCAGGACCGGGUGUUCACCAUCGGCACAGAGCUGAUGAGUAACAUGGAGGAGGACGUCAGGUCUGAAGAUGGCUCCUUCUACAGCUUCAACGGUUUUAACUUUUCCUUGGAUAAGUCACAGGAGACCAACGUUCUGUUCUACGUGAAGGAUAAACAGUCGGGCAAGAAAAUAGACAGCACGCUGAAUGUGACCCUAUAUAGCUGCUCGCUGGGCCGUGAGGACUGCAGCCUGUGUAAGAACGCUGACCCUAAGUACAGGUGUGUGUGGUGUGUCAAAAGGAAGUCGUGCGUCUAUGAGAAGCUGUGUACUAAUGACCAGGGUACAGAAUGCCCUGACCCACACAUCACUGACAUCAUCCCUCGCUACGGGCCCGUGGGGGGGGGCAUCUCUGUCACCAUCAAGGGCUCCAACCUGGGCAUCCACAAGGAGGACAUCAAGGCCAUCAGUGUGGUGGGGGUCCCCUGUAUACAUCAGGAGAACAAAUACGCCGUCUCCACCAGCGUGGUGUGUGAGAUCGGGCCCUUGGAACCCCUGAGUACAAACUGGGGCCAGGUGGAGGUGGAGGUAGAGGGUGGGAAGAGAGGAACGUCAUCUGCUUUCUUCACAUACCGGGACCCCAUCGCCCGCUCGGUUCACCCCGCCAACGGCUCCAAGGCCGGGGGGACGGUCAUCACCAUCUCUGGUUUCAACCUGGACACAGCCACCAGGGAGGACAUUGCCGUCACCGUUGGGGGGGUGGUGUGCACUGUGGAGACAUUUGGUGCAGCCAUCACCUGCAGGAUGGGAGAGUACCGGGCGGAUAAGGUCCCCUCUGACCUGCUCACGGUGACAGUAAAGUAUGGGAAGAGAACCACCACGGCCGUCCCCACAGCCUUCCAGUUCUGGGAGAACCCCACUAUCCUGGACCACCACCCCAAGGGAAGCUUUGUGUGUGGUGGGAGGACCAUCGUGGUGACUGGAUCUGGGUUUGACCUAAUUCAGAACGCCAUCAUGAGGGUCCAGGCCUCGGCUGACAAGUGGUCCGGCAUAACUCCUCCUGAGUACCUCCAGGAGGCUCUGAGUAAGAACAACACGGUAAUCCAGUUCCUGACCCCGGCCGUCAACAGGUCCUCUGAGACCCAUUUGUUCAGGACCUUCAUCCAGCUGGACAACUGGGGGAGGGAGCUCAAGCCCUUCGACUACCACCCUGACCCUGCCUUUGACCCCCUCACCAAGAAGAUCAUCACUGAGACCUCCAUCAUUGUCGUCACUGGUCGAGGUUUUGAAAAAGCCAUGACAGCCAAAGAGGCCCAGGCGUUUGUGGGGGAUGUCCCGUGCUAUGUCAACGCCCUCCAGGAUGACAAGCUGUUCUUGGAUCCCCCGUCCAGCCAGCCCCAGGCCCGCUCCAAACGCCACCGCAGACGCAGAGACACCAGCUCCGACACAUUGGACCUGCUGAUUAAGUUUGGGAAUGGCGAGUGGGUGGUGGGCUCUGUGCACUACGAGAGCAAUAAUGAGGUUCCUCUCUUCAUCAUCAUCCCUGCUGUCAUCAUCCCCAUGCUGCUCAUCAUCCUCGUCUCCGUCUACUGCUACAGGAGGAAGAGCCAGCAGGCUGAAAGAGAGUAUGAGAAGGUGAAACACCAACUGGAGAAUUUGGAGGAGAGUGUACGAGACCGCUGCAAGAAAGAGUUCACAGACCUGAUGAUAGAGAUGGAGGACCAUACCAACGAACUGAGCGAGGGGCGAAUCCCCUUCCUGGACUAUAAGACCUACACGGACCGCGUCUUCUUCCUGCCCUCCAAGGACGGGGCCAAUGAUGUGAUGAUCACAGGCAAGCUGGACAUCCCUGAGGCACGGAAGGCCAUCGUGGGCCAGGCCCUCAACCAGUUCUCUAACCUGCUUAACUCCAAGACCUUUCUCAUCAAUUUCAUCAAGACCUUGGAAGGACGUCCAGACUUCAACGCCCGGGCCAAGGUGUACUUUGCAUCCCUGCUGACGGUGGCUCUGCACGGGAAGCUGGAGUACUACACGGACAUCAUGAGGACCCUGCUGCUGGAACUCAUGGGGAACUAUGUCGACAGCAAGAACCCCAAACUCAUGCUGCGCAGGUCAGAGACAGUGGUGGAGAGGAUGCUGUGUAAUUGGAUGUCCAUCUGUCUUUACCAGUUCCUCAAGGACUCAGCAGGGGAACCCCUGUACAAGCUGUUCAGGGCCAUCAAGCAUCAGACAGAGAAGGGUCCAGUAGACGCCAGAGUGAAGAAGGCAAAGUACACCCUGAACGACACGGGCCUGCUUGGAGACGACGUGGAGUACUGCGUCCUGACUCUGCAGGUGCUGGUGCACGGGGAGGGGCCAGACGUGACGCCCGUCAAGGUGUUGAACUGUGACACGGUGUCUCAGGUGAAGGAGAAGAUCAUCGAGGCGGUGUACAGGAACCUGCCCUACUCACAGAGACCCAAAGUGGACAGCGUCAGUCUGGAGUGGCGUCCUGGUUCCACAGGGCAGAUCCUGUCAGACCUGGACCUGACGUCCCAGAAGGAGGGCAGGUGGAGGCGCAUCAACACGCUGGCCCACUACAACGUGCGAGACAAUGCUACUCUAGUCCUGUCCAUAGUUCUUCACACUCAACAGAACUAUGACCAGAACCAGGAUAACCAAGAGGAGAGAAAUGCCCUGUUGGAGGAUGACAAGGUGUUCCACCUGGUUCGGCCUGAUGAGCUGGAUGAGAUGAAGUCCAAGAGGGGCAGCAUGAAGGACAAGUCCAUGACCAAAGCCAUCACUGAGAUCUAUCUCACACGACUGCUCUCUGUCAAGGGAACCCUGCAACAGUUUGUGGAUGACUUCUUCCGCAGCGUUUUGUGUUCCGGGUCGGUGGUGCCACCCGCCAUCAAGUACUUCUUUGACUUCCUGGACGAGCAGGCCCUCAAACAUGACAACGUGGAUGAGGAGACCGUACACAUCUGGAAGACCAACAGCUUGCCUCUGAGGUUCUGGGUGAACAUCCUGAAGAACCCUCACUUCACCUUCGACGUCCACGUGACAGAGGUGGUGGAUGCCUCGCUGUCCGUCAUCGCUCAGACCUUCAUGGACGCCUGCACCAAGACAGAGCACAAACUCAGCCGAGACUCUCCAAGUAACAAGCUACUCUAUGCAAAGGAGAUCUCCACCUACAAGAAGAUGGUCGAUGAUUACUACAAGGGCAUCAGACAGAUGGUAUCAGUCAGCGACCAGGACAUGAACACUCAUCUGGCAGAGGUGUCUCGGACUCAUACAGACAAACUCAACACACAAGUGGCUCUGCAUCAGCUCUACCAGUACGCCAGCAAAUACUACGAUGGGAUCAUCCAGUCCCUAGAUGAGGACCCGGCAGCCCAGAGUAAACAGCUCACCCUGCGGCUUCAGCGGAUAGCAACCGCCCUUGAGAAUAAAGUGACAGACCUCUAACCCACUGGAGGAGCCAGGGAGACGGAGAGGGAGGGAUGGAGGGAGAUGGUACCGUGCCACCAGUGUCCACAGGGGCUUAUUUAUCCUGGCGGAGGAGAAAGAAACAGAGAAAGGGGUCCCGCAAGGCCUUGAUGUUGACACCUUCAACCCAGCAGGCCUAGAAUGUGGGACAGAUCAGAGUCUGCAGAGUGGAACAGAAUAGGACCAAUGAAACAAAGACAGAUCAGAGUCUGCAGAGUGGAACAGAAUAGGACCAAUGAAACAAAGACAGAUCAGAGUCUGCAGAGUGGAACAGAAUAGGACCAAUGAAACAAAGUCAGAGAGAUUAUGAUGGGUUACACAUGUCAUCAUCCUGUAGGAACGCCUUAACUUAAGUCCACUUGCCAAACAGAAAUAAUUGGUCAUUAACACUCACUCUGGCUGUUCCCACAAUGGAACAGGUGGCCAGCCCUGGGAAAUAAGCCCCUGUGUUGAACACUGCUUGGCACAAGGAGAUAAUCAGAUGUUCAAUUUCAUCCUGUCUAGAAAAGUUGUAAGAAUUGUAUUAUAUUUUUUUUAUUGUGCAGUCUUUAAUGCGGAAAGGUUUAUAAGGAGAAAUUAUCUUUUAAAAUGGACUGCCUUGUGGUGUGUAUUGUGUUUCCAUAGCCUGUGUGUGUGCGUGUGCGUGUGUGCGUGCGUACGUGCAAUGCCUACUGUCAGGCCAGAGGGUGGAUGCCAUAUCUGUUAUUUUAAUCUCAACUAGUCAUUGACACACAGGAGCCCGUUCUCCCACUGAGCUCCUCUACACAGACCAAAUGGUCAGGCUAACUAUACACUUCUUGAAAAUGACAGGCCGACUAGUGACAGGCCGACUAGUGACAGGCCGACUUGUGACAGGCCGACUAGUGACAGGUCGACUUGUGACAGGCCGACUUGUGACAGGCCGACUAGUGACAGGUCGACUUGUGACAGGCCGACUAGUGACAGGCCGACUAGUGACAGGCCGACUUGUGACAGGCCGACUAGUGACAGGUUGACUAGUGACAGGCCGACUUUUCCAAAUUAUCGGUUUUAAUUGUAUUUUGAUUUUGAUUCACAUGCUUCAUAGCUCGAUGGCAGGGUUUGGUUGCCAAUAUGCCCUCACACUCAAACAUCCAUAACACUGCCAUUUCCCCUUGUUGGAGUAUAUUUUCACACAUUCUACUGGAACCUCAGUUAGUUUUGACCUCCAGUUUAUGUUUUAUUUUUUAAGCUAAAUAGCUCCCAAAUCAUUUAAUAUAUUUUGAAAAGCAUUAAAUGACAUUUUAAGUCAGGUGAAUUACAUUUUCCCCUGUAGCCAGUCAAGCAAACAUCCUGCAAUAACAUGUUUUAGACACGAGACAUUGGGAUAUCAUUAAUCUCCCAUUCAUGUGUUUUACUUUAUAGAAUAUAGAAUUUGUUGUUUAGCAUUUCAUCUACACUAGUGAAGCAGCAAUACUUUAGUACUUGAGUAAAAAUAUACUGAGAAGGAAAUAUAAAUAAUAUGACAGCAGAUAUAUUAUAGUAGCUAACUUACUAAGUAAUAUGACCAUGAUGUUACAAGCUGUUCAUAGUGUUUUGUGUUUCCUUAUUCUAUGCCAAAUUACUAUUAAUAUCCCAUUUUGUAAGCUUCUACUAAAUGGAAAUUGUACACUUUUAAAUUAAUACUGAUUUUUACAACAUGCGCCAUUGUUGGUAUGAUGUGUCACAAGUCAGGUUAAUUUAUGUACAGAGCCAGUCAAAUGUUUGGACCCACCUACUCAUUCCAGGGUUUUUCUUUAUUUUUACUAUUUUAUUCAUUGUAGAAUAAUAGUGAAGACAUCAAAACUAAGAAAUAACAUCUAUGGAAUCAUGCACUAACCACAAAAGUGUUCAACAUUUAAAUGAACAGGUGUGCCUUGUUAAAAGUUAAUUUGUGGAAUUUCUCUCCUUUGAGCCAAUCAGUUGUGUUGUGACAUGGUAGGGGUGGUAUACAGAAGAUAGACCUAUUUGGUAAAAUACCAAGUCCAUAUUAUGGCAAGAACGGCUCAAAUAAUCAAAGAGAAAUGACAGUCCAUCAUUACUUUAAGACAUGAAGGUCAGUCAAUCUGGAACAUUUCAAAGUUUCUUCUAGUGCAAAACUAUGAAGCUAUAUGAUGAAACUGGCUCUCAUGAGGACCGACCACGGGAAAGGAAGACCCAGAGUUACCUCUGCUGCAGAGGAUAAGUUCAUUAGAGUUACUAGCCUCAGAAAUUGCAGCCCAAAUAAACACUUCACAAAGUCCAAGUAACAGACACAUCUCAACAUCAAUUGUUCAGAGGAGACUGCAUGAAUCAGGUCUUCAUGAUCUAAUUGCUGCAAAGAAACCACUACUAAAGGACACCAAUUAUAAGAAGAGACUUGCUUGGCCCAAGAAACACGAGCAAUGGACAUUAGACCGGUGGGAAUCUGUCCUUUGGUCUGAUGAGUCCAAAUGUGAGAUUUUUUGGUUCCAACUGCCGUGUUUAUGUGAGACACAGAGUAGGUGAGCGGUUGAUCUCCGCAUGUGUAGUUCCCACCGUGAAGCAUGGAGGAGGAGGUGUGAUGGUGUGGGGGUGCUUUGCUGGUGAUACUGUCAGUGAUUUAUUUAGAAUUUAAGGCACACUUAACCAGCAUGGCUACCACAGCAUUCUGCAGUGAGACUGUUGGAAAAGCAUUCAGGGUGAAGCUGGUUGAGAGAAUGCCAAGAGUGUGCAAAGCUGUCAAGGGAAAGGGUGGCUACUUUGAAGAUUCUCAAAUAUAAAAUAUAUUUUGAUUUGUUUAACACUUUUUUGGUUAAUAUGUGAUUCCAUAUGUGUUAUUUCAUAGUUUUGAUGCCUUCACUAUUAUUCUACUAAUGUAGAAAAUAGUAAAAAAUAAAGGAAAACCCUUGCAUGAGUAGGUGUGUUCAUACUUUUGACUGGUACUGUACAUAAUAAUGAAUUGCAAUACACCUUGAUAUGGCGAAAUGGCAUUCUAUAGCCCAUAGUUGAGUUGCUGCCUGUUCUGAUUUUAUCAUUGUUUUAUUGGAUAAUUUUUGCCAAUUCCAACGUGUUACCCUGCACCUUGUUCAGGGGUGGUUUUAAUUUUCCUCUUACACCAUUGACUACAGAUUGUUUUAUUUACAAGCUCCCUGAAUUUGACCGUCAGUCAAUGUGUGGUCAAGUGUCAGAUUAGAUGUUUGCAUUCCCGAUCCCAGAAUGUUAAUGAUAUUCCUGCCUUUGGUAGAGUGAGGUUUGUACAAAGCAGCUAGUGGGCAACCUGGCCAAGCUGCACUUGCACUGCCCACUCAGCACAGAACGGAGUGUCACUUUGCAUAAUGGCAUCAGUGGGGGAUGUUUUUGAUCUUAAUUGCAUGCAGACUGCAGACUGCAUCCUCCCCUAACGCUGUUGUUUACCACAGCAGAUUCCACGUCUGCUAGAGUGAUGAAACAGCUUAGUGCAAGCCUUUCUUUAACAUGUGCCUUAUAUGACGAUGAUAUCAUUUUUAUUGUUCUAUUGGUGAGUAUAAUGAAACGAUUAUAGUUAUAGAAGACGAGUGUGAUAUGUAUAUGCUGUCAAAUGCUAGAACUCUGCGGCAGCCAUUGCGUGUCAACAGGCUAAACACAUUUCAGAAUCAUUUCUAUGGUUGCAGAUAUAAUGUGUGCAUUUAUUUUGGGUGUCUGUGUUGUAUGCUUAAAGUAGGACUCUGGUGGCUAUGGCAACAGCCCAAAUAAACAAAUGUAAUGCAGUGGCCAACCUGAGACGGUUUUCCCCUAAAAUGUCUGGCAUUCCUAAAUUAGUCUUGAGACAAAGUGACAAAUGUAGAGUAUUGAGUAUAGCGCAAUAUGUUCCAAUGGUGUUUUUUGCCCCGUGACUCUGUGUAUGAAAAACGACUAUCUGUACUCGACAAUUAACUUUCUUACUGCUGUGCAGUUAUUUUUAUUUCCUGUUUCCUAUAACAUAUACAUACCUUUGUAAAAAAACAACAAAAAAAACAUGUUGAAAUACUGUAUUCUAACUGUAUAACCCUAUGCAUUGAGUCCUGGUUUGUUGUGCUGUCGUCCAGAUCUUUUACGUGUGAAUGUGCUGUGACAUAAGAAAAAUGGGACAGUAAAUUAGUGCGGGACCUUAAUAAUGAAACCCAACAUUUUUUCUCAUCCAAGGCAGCUCAGAAGACAUCGAUCCAGUACCUGAUCUGUUUGUAAUGGGUUACUCACUUCUCAGAGGCUUGUGUGGAUGAAGCAAUUACAUACAGAUUGCAUCAUGCACUCCUCCAUUAAUAAACUGACACUUCCAUGUC